AUGAAGGUCAAGCUGAAGGAGCUGGAGAAGCAUAAGAUCCAACUGGAGCAGCUCCAGGAAUGGAAGAACAAGAUGCAGGAGCAGCAGAACGACCUGACUAAACACCUCAAAGAGGCCAAGAAGGUAAAGAAAGAAACCAUCACUUUACCUCACAGUACUACUAAUUCAUCAGUAUACCUCACAGUACUACUAAUUCAUCACUUUACCUCACAGUACUACUAAUUCAGCCCUUGUUACAGAGACUAAAACUGUAGACAGAACUGUCAUCCCGUCAUCAUAUCAGUAGUGGACUCUUGUCAUCCUGUCAUCAUUUACAUUUUAGUCAUUUAGCAGACGCUCUUAUCCAGAGUUAGUGCAUACAUUAUUUUAUUUAUUUUUUCCUACCCCCUGUGGGAAUCGAACCCACAACCCUGGCGUUGCAAACGCCAUGCUCUACCAACUGAGCUACAUCCCUGCCGGCCAUUCCCUCCCCUACCCUGGACGACGCUGGGCCAAUUGUGCGCCGCCACAUGGGUCUCCCGGUCGCGGCCGGCUACGACAGAGCCUUGAUUCCAACCAGGAUCUCUAGUGGCACAGCUAGCACUGCGAUGCAGUGCCUUAGACCACUGCGCCACUCGGGAGGCCACAUCAUAUCGGUAGUGGACUCUUGUCAUCCCGUCAUCAUAUCGGUAGUGGACUCUUAUCUCUCUCUAUCCUCCAUGUACUUCCUCUAGGAGGCGAAGGAGGCCCAGGAGGCGAAGGAGCGUUACAUGGAGGAGAUGGCAGACACGGCUGACGCUAUAGAGAUGGCCACGCUGGACAAGGAGAUGGCUGAGGAGCGGGCCGAGUCCCUGCAGCAGGAGGUGGAGUCACUGAAGGAGAAACUAGAGGAGCUCAGCAUGGACCUGGAGAUCCUCAAACACGAGAUAGAGGAGAAAGGUGAGAGGAGACUAGCACACGCCGCACGCUCACAGGCCGCACGCACACAGUACACACACACCAACUUUGUUGUUUCAUCAGGUUCAGACGGUGCUGCUUCCAGUUACCACGUCAAACAGCUGGAGGAGCAGAACGGCAGGUUGAAGGAAGCUCUCGUCAGGUAUGUAAGUGUGUGUGUGUACGAGCGUGUGUGUAAGUGUGUGUGUGUGUGUACGAGAGUGUGUGUGCUUGAGCGUGAACUUGAGCGUGUGUGUAUGUGUGUGUGAAUACAUGCUUACUGUCUGUAUAAUGAAUAAAAAUAUAAACGCAACAUGUAAAGUGUUGGACCCAUGUUUCAUGAGCUGAAAUAAAAGAUCCCAGACAUUUUCCAUACGCACAAAAAGCUUAUUUCUCUCAAAUGUUGCGCACACAUUUGUUUACAUCCCUGUUAGUGAGCAUUUCUCCUUUGCCAAGAUAAUCCAUCCACCUGACAGGUUUGGCAUAUCAAGAAGCAGAUUAAACAGCAUGAUCAUUACCCAGGUGCACCUUGUGCUGGGGACAAUAAAAGGCCACUCUAAAAUGUGCAGUUUUGUCACACAACACAAUGCCACAGCUGUCUCAAGUUUUGAGGGAGCGUGCAAUUGGCAUGCUGACUGCAGGAAUGUCCACCAGAGCUGUUGCCAGAGAAUUGAAUGUUAAUUCUCUACCAUAAGCCGCCUCCAACAUCGUUUUAGAGAAUUUGGCAGUACGUCCAACCAGCCGCACAACCGCAGACCACGUGUAACCACUCCAGCCCAGGACCUCCACAUCCCGCUUCUUCACCUGCUGGAUCGUCUGAGACCAGCCACCCGGACAGCUGAUGAAACUGAGGAGUAUUUCUGUCUGUAAUAAAGCCCUUUUUGUGGGGAAAAACUCAUUCUGAUUGGCUGGGCCUUGCUCCCCAGUGGGUGGGGCCUUAAUUAAUGUAUUUCAAUUGACUGAUUUCCUUAUAUGAACUGUAACUCAGUAAAAUCAUUGAAAUUGUUGUAUGUUGCGUUUUAUAUAUAUUUUUUUGUUCAGUGUAUACAGUAUGUGUGUGUUUAUACAUGCCUUGUCAUGCCUCUGCUUCAGGAUGCGUGACCUGUCUGUGUCAGAGAAGCAGGAACACGUGAAACUCCAGAAGCAGACGGAGAGGAAGAGCACGGAGCUGGACACCCUGAGGACUCAGAGAGAGAAACUCCAGGAGGAGAUGAAGCUGGCCGAGAGGACCAUCGAUGA